AUGUAUGCUUUGCUGCUCUGGUGGUGGGAGCUUUUCCGCCACCACCAAGUGGGCGCAUUCGUUCAGCUCCAUCGUCCGGAGUCUUUCGCAAAACUACCCAAAACGAAGGAUGUGAAAUCACUUAGUUCGGGGGGGUCGCCGUCCGGAAUCCCGCCAGAUGGAUUUCGCAGUCAUAGUGGAGUGGCCCUAAGGGGGGUUCAUUUAAUCGAGCCGGGGCGAUUUCGUUUUCGGUCACGAUGUGGUUUUUGCCCCCCCUCCAUCGUCCUCUCCGUCUCUCCUCUCACUCAUAAUUAUUAUUCCCCUUCCUCUUCCUCCUCUUCUUCUUCUCCUCCCCGUUCUCGCUUCCCAUGGGUCGAGGCCACCUGGAACUGUAUCCGGAUUGCCUCACUUUCGCUUUCCUCCUCCCCGCCCCCUCCGACUAGCGCUUGUUUCACGUCGCCUCCUACGCUCUUUCCCUCUCGAUUACAUUACCAUGUCCAUAAUAAUCGCGUCUCUUCCCCGUCCGUGAUCGAUCUGCGUCGCCAUUGUCGUAUGCAAGCAUGCAAAUCGUUGUUGCUAGCUGUACCAGAUCGAUGA